UCGGGGAUGACACUCUCUCAACCAUGAUCAUUCUGAAAUGCCACAGCUGCCAAUUGCCAUCAUAAAUGAUCGUGAAUCAACCCCGAAGAAAAAUUAAUGGAUCAAAAAAUUGGGGAAAAAAAUUCGAAAAAAGGAAAACCAGACAGGGCAAUUGGACUAGAGUCGCGACUGCUCAGGAAUGCGGAGAAAGUCGAUAUGCUGCGUUUCCUCGUGAGCCACUCAGCUGCAUUCUCUCUGCCUUCUUUUUUAUUUUUUCAUGCAGCGAUUUCUUUUUUUCUGUUUUAAUUUUUUUGUCUUUGCUGAAUUCUUUCCCAAUUUAAUUCCCUCGCUUCCUCCUUUCUUUUUUUCUGUCAUUUUUACCUGUUUUCUGGCCAAUGUUGGUUCAACCGGAAGAAAGAGACUAACCAGUAGUACUCUUCUAUCCUAUUCAUCCAGAUCAAGAACCUUCGAGCACUCACACAAUUGGCCGUCAAACUCACUGGCACACUUUUCCCUCUUACCCUCUCAUUCUCGGGGGCUGGUCCAUAGUAAGUGCUGCAUCCCUCUAACCGCCUCACCGCGUUGCCCAACGAUCCCUCGGGACGGGCAGAGGAUUCACGCCUGCAGCCCGUCGACAAAUGGCAGCCAUCCUGAUGGAGUCGCCCCAGUGGCCCCAACAAGAUAGUCCAGAAUCAUCAUAAUUAAUCUCUUUAUAUGGGGACACACUAGACUCAUCAGUCU